AUGACGCGACCUCUAAAGAGACGAAGAGAUUCCAAAAAUGACGCCGAAAACAGCAUCUUGUACAGAGAUGCCCAAAGACAGGCUGUUUGCUUCGAUGAAACAAUUUCCCCCCCUUCUUUUGACUCUGGCAUGGACGUAGAUUUACCAAGUGACCCAGGUGGUAUUGGAGGUGACAUAUCAGCUGUAGAGGAUUCCGGAGAGGAAAGGAUAUGCUACGGAGCGAUCUGCGGAGCCCAGGUUCUGCUGAAUUCUCACACUCAGAUGCCUAAUGAGACACAGCCAUGGGCUAGGUAUUGCCUAUCCAAGAUCGAACCUGAUGGAAGAAAUUACUACUUAGUUGGUGACGGGGAACCCGAUCCCAAGAAGAGAUCGGUUCUGGACUGUGAUACAGCAGCGAUUAUGACGAUUGUAGCUAACAGAUCUGGAGACACAUCCUUCGCAGCGGUCCUUGGGGUCGAUGUAUUUCGCGGCAAGCGGAAGAGGUCUGGAAAGGGCAUACCUAUCGACAUCUCAGUCAACGUCUACGGUCCUAGGAACACGAUUGACGAAGUUGAUGACGCCUUAUCCGAUAUUGGCACUUAUCGCACUUAUCUACAGCAUCCCGUAUUUCUGGAACCGGGCAUCCCAUACAUUAAUCCGCAGUUCUUCUACCCAAGUUCUCAGAAGACCGACCUUAGACACCUGGUUGGAUCAAGCGCUCAGAACAGCGAUGCUAAAUCCAAGAUUUCUCAGGAAGUCGAGGUGGUUAUGGGUUCCCUAGACGGUCAGGGCGAAGACAUGACAGUAAUCGGCAGUGGAGCUGAUAAUUUGCCACAAAUUCUGAACCAGUGCCUGGUAAACACGAAAUUGAAAGAGCAUCAGCUGAAAGGGGUUGAGUUCAUUCUUGGCCGCGAGGACGAGGCGGUAGCCACACAAACGCAUAGGCACAUGCUUAUGUCGAUCCAUCAUAGCUUGCUAUCUCUCGCAGAAAAACCAGGCGGUGGCGGGAUACUUGCAGACGUCAUGGGCCUCGGCAAGACACUGACCAUGUUGAGUGCGAUUCUUUGCUCGAAGCGAAUGGGCGAGUCGUUCACUAGCGAUAACAUGAGCAACAAUUACCCUCCGCAACACUCAUCGGUGAAUAUGACUCUUGUUGUGCUACCAUCUAGACAGGUCCUGGAUGUUUGGAAAAAUGAAAUUGACAGCCGAUUCCAACCCCAAACCUUUCGAACGGCCACUUUCCACGGAGAUGCGCGACCGAAAAAGCGAGAACUUCUUCUCCGUCAUGAUAUCGUCCUCACAACGUCACUGCUGAAGUUCCUGCGUUUCGAGCCCUUUUGCCAAAGCAACCUGUUUGAACAGCACAUAGUCAAGCCUUUCAGGCAAGAACAGCAGGAUCCACCGAGCGGACUUGACGGGGCUCGAAACCUGAAAAUCAUGCUCAAAGCGUGUUGCCUACGAAGAACACAAGCAAAGCUGGAUCUUCCGCCCAGCACUAUAGAGAGGGUCGAUGUAGCGCCCACCGAGACUGAGAAGUCCAUGUUUACGAGCAUUCUCGACCAAUGCAAGGAAGAUUUUGACAAGAUGGCCGGCAAAGAAGGGAACUCGAAAAAGUCCAAUGUACUGUUUUCAGCAAUUAUGAAACUCAGGAGGGUUUGCAACCAUGGACCUAUUCCUAGCAGUGCUUGUGGCUCAAAACGCACAAAUCAGUUGGCUGUGCCCAAAGCAAAACGGAAGGCCUCAAGAUCGCCGAGUGCAGAGCCCGCUUGCGAGUUUUGUGACGAAGAGACUGGAAAUCUUGAUCUUCUUGGCGGUCUUGAUAGCUGCCCCAUUUGCGGUCGGCUGGAGUCUGAGAUGAAUGACGAAGCCUCUUCCCUGGCACCCUCACCUCGGCCGGCACCAUCUCCGACACCAUCUAUGAUGGAUAUCGAUACACCGGAAUCUUCUACCGGGGAGUUUCACAGACAAUCGGGCCAUGAGCUGAAACAGAAGUCUUCAAAGAUGUCAGCUGUCGUGGACAACAUCAAGAAAUCAUGCAUGGACGCGUGCUCUAAGAGUGUUGUGUUCUCGAGCUGGAGAGAUACUCUUGAUAUACUUGCAGCGAUAUUGGGAGCAGAAGGAAUUGCUUUUGUUCAGGUUGAUGGACGUAACCCGCUGGUCGGCCGAACGGAGCUAAUCUCCAAGUUCUGCCAGGACCCAAUGAUUCGAGUUCUUCUCAUAUCCAUCAACACUGGCGCAGUUGGCCUGACUCUCACACAAGCAAAUAUGGUCCACAUCGUUGAACCGCAAUGGAACCCAGCCAUCGAAGAACAAGCAAUCGCAAGAGUUGUCCGGAUGGGCCAGACGCGGCCAGUCAAUAUCUUCAAGUACAUAACGGCUGGGUCUAUCGAGAACGUAAGUCUUCCCAAUUUCGCUAUGAUGACGGAGACUAACGUCCUAUAG